GUUUCAAAGGGGAAUAAGCAUUCCACUUCCGGUAAAAUUGCCAUGUGGAGAAAGCGAUAGGACUGGCGUGUGAUAAAAGUAGCAAUACCGUUAAUUAACAGGCAAAUCGGAAGAGGAGACCGUCAUGUCAAGAAUAAUUAUCAAAAACCUUCCUAAUAAGAUGAAGGAGGAAAGGCUUAAAUCUGAAUUUGGAAAGAAUGGCACGAUUACAGACUGUAGUAUGAAGUUCACAAAAGACGGACGAUUCAGAAAGUUUGCAUUCAUUGGAUACAGAACUGAAGAAGAAGCUCAAUAUGCUAUCAACCACUUUAAUGAAACUUUUAUUGAUGCAUCCAAAAUUACGGUGGAGGUUGCAGCAGAUUUGGGUGAUGCCAGAAAGCCACGGUCCUGGAGUAAGUAUGCCGCUGAUAGCUCUGCCUUCCAGAAAAAGAUGAAAGCUCUAAAGGAAUUAGAGGCUGAGGUAGCUAAGCAGAACAAUAAGCUUACACCAAAGCAAAAAAAAGAGAAGAAGAAGACUGCUAAAGAAAAAGCCUUGGAGGAGAUGCUGGGUGAUUUGAAGGAUGACCCUGGCUUUGAGGAGUUUAUGGCUGCUCACAAGAGAACAGGUAAAAAGUCGGUCUGGGAUAACGAUGCAGAUGUUGUGAUGCCACAAGUUCCGAAAGACCAAUCCUCUGAUGAGGAAGAGGAGGAAGAUGAUCACAUGGAAGAGGAAGACGAGGAAGAUGAGGCUGAUGAAAAAGAUGUUGAUGUCAAAGAUGAGAAAAGUAAAAAAGUGAAAAUCAUAAAAGAAAAAGAAAAGACCGCAACAAAAGCAGAUGUUUCAGAUGCAGAGUAUCUAAAAUCCAAGAUGGCAAAUAGAGACUUGCUGAGUGAUUCAAGCUCUAAUGAAGAUGAGGAAGACAGUGAUGAUGAGGAGGACAGUGAUGAAGAGGAGGACAAAAGUGAGGAGGAGGAGGAGGAGGAGGACAAUGAUGAUUCUAAAGACAACAGGAAGAAAGUGAAUUCAAAGGCAGCCAAGUCAAAGAAAAAGGAAAAUUUAUCAAAACCAACAUCACCAAAGAAAAAAACGAAUGACCCAGGACUGGUAGUGAAAAUGAAAGGUCUUCAAGUUUCCUGCGGCGAGAAAGCAGUAAAGGAGUUUUUCAAGCCUCUACAGUUAACAUCUAUCAGGAUACCAAGGAAUGCUAAGAAGAAACCUCUGUAUGGGAUUGCCUAUGUCAGUUUUAAGAAUGAAAAAGACCUUGAAGAAGCCAUGAGGAAUAACAAAAACUUUAUUGGUGGUAAGCGUAUCUUCCUGAAGAGGUGUACUCGGGCGGAGAGUGGGGCUCCGGUUCAAUGGGAAGAUGUUCCCCGACUGUGGGAGAUGAAGUCUAAGGAGGAGGACGGUGAGGAGGAAACGAUCGCUGAGUCAGGAAGGAUAUUUGUGAGGAACCUGACCUAUUCCUGUACAGAAGAGGAUCUCCAAAAGUUAUUUGAAAGAUAUGGUCCGGUGUCAGAAAUUCAUCUCCCUAUUGACAGUCUGACAAAGAAAGUGAAAGGAUUUGCUAUUGUGACCUACCUCAUGCCUGAACACGCCGUGAAUGCCUACGCGGAACUAGAUGGAACAACCUUUAUGGGAAGACUGAUUCAUCUUAUACCGGCUAAGACAAAAAAAGAAGAUGAAUCCAAGAUAUCAGAGGGUUCAUCUUACAAAAACAAAAAACAGGACAAACAGAAAGCUUUGGCUGGCAGUUCUCACAACUGGAAUUCUUUGUUUCUGGGGGCUAACGCUGUGGCCGAUGUCCUGGCAGACAAGUAUGGGGCAGAGAAAAGUCACAUUCUAGAUGCAGAGGCAAAGCAGAGUCUUGGAGUGAGGAUGGCCUUGGGAGAGACCCAGAUUGUGGCUGAAACACGUGAUUUCCUGUUAGAGGAGGGCGUGGCACUCGACAGCUUCAGUCAGCCUUCAGCAGCAAGAAGUAAAACAGUGAUGCUGGUGAAGAACUUGCCAGCAGGUACAAAGUGUGAGGAGUUGAGAGACUUAUUCAGUAAACAUGGGACAGUCGGUCGGGUCGUUCUCCCACCGUCAGGUGUCACAGCCAUCGUAGAAUACCUGGAACCAACCGAGGCCAAGUCAGGCUUCAGGAGGAUUGCCUAUUCCAAGUUCCAGCACGUCCCCCUAUACCUGGAGUGGGCUCCUGUGGAAGUGUUUAAGGCCCCAGCCACCAUACCAACAGUCAAGGAAGAGGAAAAACAGAAGGAAACCGGCACUGUUCCAAAUGAAGCACAGGUUGAGAAGAUGGAUAUAAACAAGACAAAGAAGGAAGAGAAACAAAUAGAGGAGGAAUCAGAGGAGGAGGAAGAGGUGCCAGAGUCGGGAACAACACUAUUUGUGAAAAAUCUGAACUUUGAUUCGCGAGAGGAUGAACUAAGGGAGAAAUUCAAGAAAUGUGGCAAGAUUAAGAGUGUUUCAGUGGCCAAGAAAAAGGACAUGAAAAACUUAGGAAAUUAUCUGUCCAUGGGUUAUGGAUUUGUUGAGUACUAUGAGAAGGCGAGUGCAGAUCAGGCCUUGAAGACACUACAACACACUGACCUGGAUGGCCAUACACUUGAACUCAAGAUUUCACACCGCCAAACAGGAAGCACAGAAACAAAACCUACGAAAAAGAAGAAGGCUAAGGCAACUAAACAAAAAACCUCGAAAAUCCUUGUAAGAAACAUCCCAUUCGAGGCAAAGAGGAAGGAGGUCUUUGAACUCUUUAAGACCUUUGGUGAACUGAAGUCAGUACGCCUACCUACCAAGCUUAGUGGGUCUGGUACACAUAGGGGUUUUGGAUUUGUCGACUUUCUUACCAAGCAGGAUGCCAAGAGAGCAUUCGAGGCUCUGUGUCACAGUACCCAUUUGUAUGGGAGACGUUUGGUGCUAGAAUGGGCUGAAGCUGAAGAAGAUCUGGAGGAGCUACGACGCAAAACAUCUCAACAUUUUCAUGACGAUGCUCCGAUGAACAAACGCGUGAAGAAGUCAGCCAUCAUGGAUACACUGGAGAUGUCUCACAAAGGAUCCUGAUGUAGGAGGCAGUCUGUCCAGAUACAGCGGUGUCGACAUGUGGUUUUAAACAGCGGUCAAAUAUAAUCUGUUACCAAUAAAACGUUUU